AUUCGUGGUGGAGAGUUUCAGUGGGGAAAUGUUAUCCAUCCGGCUAAUUCUCUUCUGCUCCCUGACGGCAAUUGUGCUGGCCAAUAUCCAACGAACUGCGGCACGUCACAAGCCCUUGUCGUGGUGGCAGAAACAAUACUACCAAUCGAAAUGGCAUCAGAGAUUCCGUUUCACCACAACUGCCGUGCCGGGGGCCACACCAGAGUCGAAAGAAGUGCGGAUGGUGUAUCCCUGCUACUGCUACAGGCCGCCACAGGAAGGAGAGGUCACAACCGCCAUCUACGAGCGGUAUAUCUUGGAGAGAGAGGAUCUGUUUAUCUUAAAUAAAUAGCGCCCCCAAAGUUCAUUCGACCAGAA